GUUCAAACUAGGGUUGGUGGCGUGGCGCGGAUAGGUCCGUGGCAUCACAAUUGCUGAUCCAUGAAUUAAACUAAGAAACCAUUCUGCUGACUCGAAGCCCACGAGAGGCAGCCGCAGCCGGCAGCCGCGGCCAUUUGGAACCCUCCGGCCAUCCCGUACUUAAUUGCGGCGGCCAUUAGUCAGCCAUGAUCGGAUCCUUGCCCGGUGCUCUGCAUGUGCUGCCCCGGCGCUAAUCUUACUCUGCAACAAAUCGCCACCCCGCUUGGCAACUCAAGCUAGAAUCGAGGAGAGCAACGGGGAGAAUCUUUCCAAGAACCCGGACAAAACGAACUGAGAGAGCAUCUGUGGAGCAGCUGCUUGUGGAGGAACUCUUGAGAUAUAUAGAUAGAUUGAUUGAUUGCUGGGAGCGAGAGACCGAGGAGCGAUGGGGUGCAUCUCCUCCAAGGUGCUGAGCAGGUCGGGGAGCCUGCGGGGGAAGGCCGGCCAGGGGCUCCAGAGGAGCAGCCUGGUCGAGGAGAUCAUCCUCUCCAACUCCAAGAGGAACGGCGACCAGUUCCUCGCCCUCCUCCGCACCUCCAGCUCCGCCGCCAGGACGAGCAAGGUCGACGCCGCCGAGCAGAUCGAGACGAUCAACGUGUCUGACCUUCUCGCCGGGCUGGAGGAGGAGAACGCACCGGAAGGCGCCGAGGAGCGGGGCGAUGAUCGGAAACCAGACGGCGGCAAAGCUUCGUCGCCUCGGUGCGCAUACGAUGGCGCCGCCGGAAGGGCGGUCAGCUUCCGCACCCUGGAGGAGUUCGACGCGCUGGUGUCGCGGUGCGGCUCGCCGGUGAAAGCGGAGCCUGCACCAGCACCAGCACCUGAGCCAGACGCGUCCGUGGAGCCGCCGCCGCAGAGCAGCUCCACGGAGCAAGACGCGAUAGCCACAGCGAGCAGCGGUCCGGAACUAGGGGAGGCGCCCGGCGGCGCGAAGAGGCGGGCGAGGGCGAGGCAGCUCGGAGAGCUGAGCGCGACGCCGGGCUUCGACUUCAGGAAGUCCGGCAGCCUGAGGGACUGGCUGCUCGGCGGCGGGCAGAUGUUCUCGCCGGGCUCCUACGUCACGCCCAAGUUCGGCAGCGUGGCGACGGCACCGCCCGAGUCCGCAGAGCACGCGGAGCGCGCGGUGUUUGAUCCGGAGCUGGUGGCGCAGCUGGAGGAGGCCAUGGAGGAGCUCUCGGUGGACGAGGAGCGCGUGCUGAGGGAGGUCUUGGAGGUAAUCGAAGCCGGAGAAACACAGAGGUUGGAGAGGCGACAUGCCCAGGAGCCGGAAGUGUUGGCGGUGAUUGUGCAUGAUUAGGCGUCAGUUUGAUGAUGAUUUUAGUAGUUUUUUGUUACCGUUUUAGAGUGCUUGUGAUGUGAUUUGUGAAUCCUUUGUAAGGAGAAAUGUACAGCAAAGAUUUUAUUUUUUCAAUUUUUUCGUGUUGUUUCUCCAACAUGUCUA